GUCUGAGCACUCAACUGUCAGUUUGACAUUAAAAACAAUAGCGGAUAGUAGCGAUUUUUUGUAACAAUGGCAGAUCCAAGAAUUCGUCAAAUAAAAAUUAAAACCGGCGUUGUAAAACGUAUAGCUAAAGAGAAGGUGGUGUACGAAAAGGAGGCUGAACAGCAGAAGAAUAGAAUACAGAAGAUAAAAGACGAAGGACAGGACGAACAUAAUAUUAGGAAGCAGGAGGAAGUUUUGCAGGAGUCGCUUAUGAUGGUCCCUGACUGCCAAAGGCGGCUAGUGAAGGCAUUUAACGAUCUCAAGACAACCUUAGAAACUGAACAGGAUCUCAAAGAGCACGAGGACUACAUAGCCGCUGAACAAGUACUCAAGGACGCUGAGAGUCAGCUCCCCGAAAACGCAGCUUUAUAAUAAAACUCAAUUAUUUCUAAUAA